GUUCACUAGGACAGACCCACAUAAAAUAAAUGCUAAAAAAUUUGACAAAGUACAUAUUUUAAGAUGGACGGAGUUUCAUGUCGGAAAACAUCUGAACGAAAUCUGAAGACUGGAGUUUUCCUUUCCCCACCUUUAACCAGACUAGGUUGGAUAGACGAGAUAUAGACCUCAGACCGGCAGACUGCAUACUGUCCGCAAAUGAUAUGGAUAAAACUCUGAGCUCCUUGAUCUCUCCGAGCUUAGAAAAAGCUGCGUCUGUGAAGGUUUCUCCGUCAAUCCAUAGUUCCUGAAAUCUAUCCUUAACACUGUCCAUAAAAUAAAUAAAACUAGUAUCUGAGAGGUAGGUCACUUCAUCAAUAUUAAGACUGGUUAGACUAGUACACCCAUCUGCUAUCUCCUGUAGUCCAAUAUUAGUCAGGGGUUUACAGGAGAACAGGUUCAGAUAAGUCAAGCUCUUGAAGUUCUUCAAGAGCCCAGAGAAUCAAUUAGGUUCAGUAGAAUAAUCACGAAAACAGCGUCUAUCUUCAUCUUGGUUCAGGCAUCCUGUACACUGGGGAUCUAGAUAUUCAAGCUCGAGACAGUUUUCUGUUAAAUUCUUCAGAUCUAGGUGGGUUAGAACGGGACAGAACCUAACCUUAAGUUUACGAAUCUUUUUGCAAUGCUCCGCGACAGCAGCAAGUAGGUCAGAAAUGUCAUCCCGACAUUUUAGAGAUAAAUCCACUAGAAGAUACGCUCGUCCAUGUAGAGUUAUGAUUGUUUUAGUGCUUUGAGAUUUUUAGAAUACUAAUGUUGGUCCACAGAACAGGAUCCUGGCAGAUAUUGUAGAACCUGAGGCCGGUCCUUCUUUAGAUAGUGGAUGUGUAGUUCACGUACUUUGGAGGAAGAUAAUUUGGCCACUAGAUGUCUCCCGUGAGUUAUUCAUGGACGGACAGAGUUUCUCACGCCAUACGAUAUUUGGAUCAUUAGCCAUACUGUGGCCAUGAUUUAUUUGAGAAUAGGUGGCAGCACAAAUCAAAGUAGCUUUCUGAUUUUAUUUCAUGAAUUGAUUGCAGUGUCUUGUUUUUUAAGAUUCAUUAUGAAUUUGAAAAUAAUUCAAAGUACAAUUUCCUAUGUUUAAGAUAGUUUGCCACGUUCAAAUCAAAUUCGUAAAAAGCUUUCCCUUUUCCUCUGUCGAUAGGGGUUGCAAUGUAUGUGUUUGUGGUCGGACAAUACUCGGACACUGAUAACUCAUGGAAGAACGCUUUUGAACAAAACAGUAUUUCUCCGUACAUUUCACGACCAAAAUAGGAGACAUGAAGUUGUCGACCAAUGUAGUUUAUGGAAGGAACGGCCUCAGGAGCUUACAGCGUAGAGGUUACAAAGGUUCCCUGGGUCUAGAUAGGUUCCAAUCUUUAUCCACACUUCAUAAGUAACCUUUAAGGUGUGAUCUACGGGUUCAGUGAAGGUUGAAGGUUGAAGAACGCUGUUCAAACUUGUUAUUUGAUGAAACUCCAUAAGCUGAAACAUCUUGAUCUGUCUCAGCGUUCCAAGCUCUCCGACCUGGGUUUGUUCAUGAUCUCCUUGAACUGUUCAAAGCUGGAGAACCUAGAUCUGAGUUGGUGUUGGAAGUUGACAGACGUUGGGGUUCAUUCAGUUGUCCGACAUUGCUCACAGCUCUCCCAUUUAAACCUUUGUGGUGUAGUCAAGUUGUUAGGAAGGUUUCUUCGUGAUAUACCACGUAAGCUCCCGUACCUGGAGAGUUUAGACCUGGAACAGUGUCCUAACAUAGAACUCUCAGAUCUACAAGAUUUACUCAGGAAGAAUACUUAUCUCGUUAUUAAGGAGUACAACGGUGACCAGGUGAGAAUGAGAAGAGCAACAAGGAAGAAUAAAUGCUUAGCUGCACAGAAAGAGCGCGUACAGAUCACAUUUUAAGGAGUCAAUAAUUGUAGCCUUAAUUUUCUGAUUCGUGAUUUAAGAGCACCCGGAUACGAUUCUUCGUCGAACUUAUGGUUUCUUCUUGUUAAGAGGUCUGUUGUCCCUUUAAUAAGAACCACAAAACGGAGAAUUGAUCUAAUCCAAGAUAUACAUCCAGCCUAAUUUAAGAUUGUCCAAACUGGGCUGAUUCUUGAGUUAAAUAAACAUUGAUCGAAUUGGAUGAGAGGAUUAUUCUUUGAUAUCCCUUAUCAAUUUUAGUGAUCAUUUUUUACUCAGUUUUAUUAAAUUUUUCAUUUAUUUAACUUAACUUUCAAUAUGUUUAUUGUUCUUUCUACAGAAUUAUUUCUAUAAAAUAUAAAUAGCUUUUCGUCACGUGAUAUUCCCCAAUAUCUUUUAAUAGAUUCAUGUUUUUAAUUAUAUGUCCCUUGGGAUAAUUUAGUAAAAUAACAUUUUAUUCUGUUCAUGUCAGUUUUUAAAAUUUUUCAUCUCAAAUGGCUAGAAAAUUAAAUUAAAGAUUUCUCUCAGGUUCUCUAGACCUAAAUGACCAAAACCUUCCUAGCUAUAAGCUCCGGAUUGUUUCUGAUCAAACUGUCACCUUGUCAUGUGCAGGAAGCAAUGGGAGACUGUAUACAAAUAUAACAGUGAAAAAUGCACAUUUGUUAAUAUUUUCUAUUUAUUCAAUCAGCCUUGCUGAGUUUGGAAUUUUUUAUAUUGUGAUAAUAUGAUGUAAGAAUAUCUUAAUUAAAUAUAAAUUCUUUCUAUGUUUUAAA